AUGGGAAGCUUAAACAACAACAGAGCUAGAAUCUUCACUGCUCACCACCAUGAUCCACCUUGCACUCGCAACCACCAGAUAGGCGCCAUCCUUCUAGUCGCCGCCACCUUCUUCCUCACUCGCCUAUUCGACCAGUCAUUUCCUCCCUGCACUACCUACUCCUUCGACCACCACCUCGCAUCCCAAUCGCAGAGCCUUGUUCAUGUAACCGACGGCGGAUCUCUCUCCUGGCCUCAGCGAGGCUACGGGACAUACCUUUCUCUCAAAAUCUACGUCUACGAGGAAUACGAGAUUGAUGGAUUGAAAGAGCUCCUUCGCGGCAGGGAGGGAAAAAUCUCCGCCGACUCUUGCAUUAAGGGGCAGUGGGGCACGCAGGUUAAAAUACACAGGCUACUUCAAAAAUCAAGAUUCAGAACGAGAAAGAAAGAGGAAGCUGAUUUAUUCUUCGUGCCGGCGUAUGUUAAAUGUGUUCGAAUGAUGGGUGGGCUUAGCGAUAAAGAGAUUAACCAGACUUACGUGAAGGUGUUAAGUCAAAUGCCAUAUUUUAGACGAUCUGGAGGCCGCGACCACAUAUUUGUCUUCCCCAGUGGUGCAGGAGCUCACUUAUUUAGAUCAUGGGCAACAUACAUUAAUCGUUCCAUAAUUCUUACUCCUGAGGGGGAUCGGACUGAUAAGAAAGACACAAGUGCUUUUAAUACAUGGAAAGAUAUCAUUAUUCCUGGCAAUGUUGAUGAUGGGAUGACCAAAAGAGGAACUAUUGUGGUUCAACCUUUGCCAUUAUCAAAGAGGAAGUACUUGGCAAACUAUUUAGGUCGUGCACAAGGAAAAAUUGGCCGUCUUAAGUUAAUUGAGCUUGCAAAGCAAUAUCCAGAUAAGUUGGAAUCUCCAGAAUUGAAGUUUAGUGGCCCUGACAAGCUUGGAAGGAUGGAAUAUUUUCAACACCUGAGGAAUGCUAAAUUCUGCCUCGCUCCACGCGGAGAGUCUUCUUGGACACUUCGCUUUUACGAGUCCUUUUUUGUGGAGUGCGUCCCAGUUGUAUUAUCAGAUCAAGCGGAGUUGCCUUUUCAAAAUGUGAUUGACUACACCCAUUUUUCAAUCAAAUGGCCGUCUACUCGAAUAGGUCCUGAACUUUUGGACUACCUAGAAUCAAUACCAGAUGAAGAUGUGGAAAGGAUGAUAGCCAGGGGGAGACAAAUUAGGUGUGUAUGGGUAUAUGCCCCAGAGUCUGAGCUUUGUUCUGCAAUGCAAGGAAUAUUAUGGGAAUUGCAGAGAAAAGUAAGGGAAUUCCACCAAUCAGCUGAGACAUUCUGGUUGCACAAUCGAACUAUUGUGAACCGAAACUUUGUUGAAUUCUCUAGUUGGAAACCCCCCAUUCCUUUGCCUUGAUUUUUCAUGGAAUUUUAUACUUACCCGUAAAUCGGGGUACUUCACAUCUUCAAUUCUUUUAUUUUGCCUGUAAGCUUUAUCAAUGCUUGUCUAGCGCCACUAAUUCACUGGUUGUAGAACAAGUUUUUCAUUUUCUUUAGGGAAAUUAAUUUGUAUGUCAUGUAUAGGCAUCCCAGACAGUGUGUACAAUAGAGAGAAAUUGUUAAUGAUCACACUGGUUAUUGUAACUUUGCUGAAUUACAUUUGCAAAUUAAUUUUCGUGAGUC